UUGGCCUGCAUGGUUCUUUUCCGUACUAUCUUUUCUCUCGGCUCCCGUUUUGUGUGUUGGGGGGAUGGGGCCGUGCCGAGGAUGAGACACUCCAAAUAUUUACCACUUGGCUAACUAUAUAUCUUUAUUUCUGAACUGGGCUUCCUCCAUUGCUCUUGUUCAUUUACAUACUUUUCGACCACGUAUGAGUUUCGGUGGGAUUUCGCCUAAAUAAAGUGGAGUGUUCGUAGGUCCACGACACACGCUUAAAAAAGUCGACAAAAUGUAUUCCUCUACUGGAGCCUCUGAGAUGGCCGAGGGACCCCGUUCCUCUGGGUCAGCAAGCUCUGAACCCCCAUCUUCCCCAGUGCCAGAAUAUGUGUUCAAACCUCCAUCACGGCCAGACUUUGGCACCAUGGGCAGGACAAUCAAGCUCCAGGCCAACUUCUUUGAAAUGGAGAUCCCCAAACUGGAGGUCUACCAUUACGACAUCGACAUCAAGCCCGAGAAAUGCCCCAGGAGGGUCAAUCGUGAAAUUGUGGAGCACAUGGUCCAGCACUUUAAAACACAGAUCUUUGGUGAUCGAAAGCCAGUGUAUGACGGGAGGAAAAAUCUCUACACCGCCAUGCCUUUACCCAUUGGCCGAGACAAGGUGGAACUCGAGGUGACCAUUCCCGGUGAAGGCAAAGACCGCAGCUUCAAAGUCUCCAUCAAGUGGGUGUCCUGCGUCAGCCUGCAGGCUCUGCACGAGGCUCUGGCAGGACGACUACCAAGCGUCCCGUUUGAGACCGUCCAAGCCCUGGAUGUGGUCAUGAGACAUUUACCUUCUAUGAGGUACACCCCAGUGGGCCGUUCUUUCUUCACUCCCUCAGAAGGAUGUUCGAACCCCCUCGGCGGUGGUCGAGAGGUGUGGUUUGGCUUCCACCAGUCUGUCAGGCCUUCCCUUUGGAAGAUGAUGCUCAACAUCGAUGUUUCAGCCACUGCGUUCUACAAAGCCCAGCCAGUAAUCGAGUUUAUGUGUGAGGUCUUGGAUUUCAAAAGCAUCGAGGAACAACAGAAGCCCUUAACCGACUCUCAGCGAGUAAAGUUUACAAAAGAAAUUAAAGGCCUGAAGGUGGAGAUCACUCACUGUGGGCAGAUGAAGAGGAAGUACAGAGUUUGCAACGUGACCAGAAGGCCAGCCAGCCACCAAACGUUCCCUCUGCAGCAGGAAAACGGCCAAACCAUUGAAUGCACAGUAGCACAGUACUUCAAAGACAAAUACAAGCUCAUCCUGAGAUACCCCCACCUCCCAUGUCUACAGGUGGGACAGGAGCAGAAACACACCUACCUACCUCUUGAGGUGUGUAACAUCGUGGCAGGACAGCGCUGCAUCAAAAAGCUGACCGACAAUCAGACCUCGACUAUGAUUCGUGCCACAGCUCGAUCGGCACCGGACCGCCAGGAUGAGAUCAGUAAACUGAUGAGGAGUGCCAACUUCAACACUGACCCUUACGUACGUGAAUUCGGAGUGAUGGUGAGGGAUGAGAUGACAGAAGUAAAUGGCAGAGUCUUACAAGCACCUUCCAUUCUGUACGGAGGCAGGAACAAAGCAAUAGCCACACCGAUCCAAGGAGUCUGGGACAUGAGGAACAAGCAGUUCCACACUGGCAUUGAGAUCAAGGUGUGGGCCAUCGCCUGCUUCGCACCGCAGAGACAGUGCACUGAACUCCUGCUCAAAGCAUUCACAGAUCAGCUGAGGAAGAUCUCGAGGGAUGCAGGGAUGCCCAUCCAGGGUCAGCCGUGCUUCUGUAAAUACGCCCAGGGAGCGGACAGCGUGGAGCCCAUGUUCAGGCACCUCAAAUACACCUACCAGGGCCUCCAGCUGGUGGUCGUCAUCCUACCCGGGAAGACGCCCGUCUACGCCGAGGUGAAGCGUGUCGGGGACACGGUACUUGGCAUGGCCACGCAGUGUGUGCAGGUGAAGAACGUUCAAAAAACAACACCUCAGACCCUCUCCAACCUCUGUCUGAAGAUCAACGUCAAGCUGGGUGGUGUCAACAACAUCCUCCUCCCACAGGGCAGGCCGUUGGUGUUCCAGCAGCCGGUGAUCUUCCUUGGUGCAGAUGUGACUCACCCUCCUGCAGGAGAUGGCAAAAAGCCUUCAAUCGCUGCCGUCGUGGGUAGUAUGGAUGCCCACCCUAGCAGAUACUGCGCCACAGUGCGGGUGCAGCAGCACCGUCAGGACAUCAUCCAGGACCUGGCCACCAUGGUGAGGGAGCUGCUCAUCCAGUUCUACAAAUCGACCCGCUUCAAGCCGACCAGAAUCAUCUACUACCGUGAUGGCAUCUCUGAGGGCCAAUUCAACCAGGUCCUUCAGCAUGAGCUGCUGGCGAUCCGCGAGGCCUGCAUCAAACUAGAGAAGGAUUACCAGCCUGGUAUCACCUUUGUGGUGGUGCAGAAGAGACACCACACGAGACUGUUCUGCAUGGACAGAAACGAGAGGGUUGGGAAAAGUGGCAACAUUCCUGCAGGCACCACGGUGGACACCAAAAUCACUCAUCCAUCAGAGUUUGACUUCUACCUUUGCAGUCACGCUGGAAUUCAGGGUACCAGCCGGCCGUCUCAUUAUCACGUGCUCUGGGACGACAACCACUUCACGUCAGAUGAACUGCAGGUCCUCACAUACCAGCUCUGCCACACUUACGUGCGCUGCACCCGGUCAGUCUCCAUCCCAGCACCAGCUUACUACGCCCAUUUGGUGGCUUUCAGGGCUCGCUAUCACUUGGUGGACAAAGAACAUGACAGCGCCGAGGGCAGCCACACAUCAGGCCAGAGCAACGGGCGGGACCAACAGGCUUUGGCAAAGGCCGUUCAGAUCCACCAGGACACCCUGCGCACCAUGUACUUUGCCUGAGACCGCAAAACCCCCGGAGGUCGGCGUGGGUGAGACCCCACUGAUGUUACACACUACCCCCUCGCUGUCUCACCGUCAGCUGUAGAUAGCGCCACAGUGGUGAUCUCCCUACAUGAGAGACCUGUCAGUUGACCAUGUGUCUACAAUUGUACAUCAGCCCCCCCCCCCCCUCCCCGACCCACCCAAACAAAGCCAGCUGUUAGACUGUAAGAUGCAAAGUAAUCCCUCUUUCUGGGCUUCGAGCAGGAAGAGGUAUCAUUCAAAAGUUGCGCAUUAGUGUGUGUGUUUUUUUUUUUUAUUAUUAUUUGUUGUUGGGGAAAUAUGUUGCAAAAGUAUUGAAGCAAAAGUAUGUACACUAACAGAAGAAAUACUUUCUAAACUAGUGGACAGUGUCAUUGUACAUCAGGGUGAUUUUUAUUACUCAUAGGUUUCACCCUCCUUCUCCUGUCUCUUGUGUUUUGGGCCUCAGUGCUUGAAGGGAGAAGGAACAAAUAUUGUCAAAAAAGAAAAAAGGAAGGGGGGGGGGCUGUUUGCUGUUUCUAUGCCUAUUGAUUUCCUCCUGACAAACAUUAUCAGCCAAUCAAAGCAAAGUGCACUGACCAGAAUGGGUACUUCAAUCAGGACUUAAGUACUUAACAUGUUGAGGGUUGUGUGUGACUCUUUCACAUAGGGCACUAUGUGAUGAAAAGUGCCAUUUGAGACCACCUUUUUGUUGUCAUUUCUAUGUGAAGACGAAGAACUAUUAGGCCCACAUGUGAUGGGGGUUUUUCAGUAUUUAUCCCUGAUUGACACGGAGUACCACAAUAUGCCAAAUCUGGUGAUUACAUACAGAAAAGAGUUCUUUGCAUCAGAUUUGUUAACAGCCCUUGAACCGACCCUUAGUUUGUUCUAGAGGUUCAAACACAGCAUUUUGACCCUUCUCUGCCUCUCCUGAACGUCUGAUCUGAAAGAGAAAGUGUAUUGGGACUGGUUCCCAGCAAGGACACCUUUCUAAUGUACUCUGAGCCGUGUUGAUAAAAAGACACAUGACAUAGAAAUCAACAUAGAGGGGGACUUGAUGAAAUCCUUUUCUCCCCCUUUUGUUUUUGUAGUCUAAUUUAAUUUCAAUUUGUCUUUUUUUUUUUGUUACGAAUAUGCAUGUAGCUGACUCCUCUUUUUAGACUUUUUGUGAUAUGUGUUUGAUUUCCUCCUUUUCUACACGUUAACCCUUUUCUUUCAUGUUUUUAUUGUAAAUAGCCGCAGGAUAGUGUUUUUGUUUUCUGCCGUGUUUCCGUCAAGAGCGUGAUAUUUGUGUGGCGCUUGAUAUCCAGGCGUUCGGUACAGUGGAGUGAAAGCUGCAACAAGUUGAACUGAUCAGAGUCCCUUAAAAAAAAAAAAAAAAAAAGGAAAAAAAAGUUUUCGCUCUAUGAAGCGGGAGCAAAUGUCGCACAAAAGCUUGGGUUUUAUGCAAAUGACUUUUUGUGAGUCUUUCUACUUUAGAGUCAUGUUGGUGAUGAGGUAUAUUUUGAAUAAGCUUUCAGCGGAGGCUGCUGAAAAUGGAAUAGAGAUUUUCUUUUUUUAAUGACCGGCCCACAUGUAGUCUAAAUUCACUCUGUCUAUUUCUAUACAGAUUUUAAAUGCAAAUACUCUCUUGCCUUCUGAGACUGUCUUACUAAUGAUUCUAGACAGUUCCUAACAUCCCACCUGAGUUUGAAAACUAAGUUAACACAUAGUCUUGAUUGGAGGCAAGUAGUCUACACUUUCUAACUAUGCAUCAUUUUUAACCAAGAGAUUUCUCAGUGGGGGUCUCUCACAUGAAUUUGGGUCAUUUCUAGAGGUAGAUAAUCAGGGCUUUUAUUCUCUUUUCUUCUUGGUUGUUUCCCCCUACCCCCACCCCCUCUCUUUUUUAGCAUGUUGCAUUUAGUAGCGUUUUCUUAGUGCUUUUCAGCAUCUUCAUGCCUUUUUUCUUAAAAAGGUGGGUGAAGUAUUUAUGUGGUCAUUUGUAACGCUGUCGAUUUUAUAGCCUGAAAAGUUGGGUGUAUCCUUUGUAACACGCAAUCUUUCUUAGCCAAACAAGAUUACAAACUUUUACAUGAUUUAAUAUUCACAAAGACACGACGUAAGCACAAAAACAAAAAAAAAGGAACGUCUUGAUUCUAGGUGCUAGAAGUUUUCACUGUAAACCACCUUAAAUCCUCACUGGACUAGUCGACAAGGCUCUGUACAUGUACGUUAUAACAGAAACCGAAAGAUGCUUCAUCAUGUCGAAGAUCUUUCCUCUCCCUCUGACGACCUCUGUGUGUCAUCCUUUUUACUCAUUUUUACCUGUAAAGCAACUAGAGAUCCGACUGACUGUGUUUGUGGGGCAUUCUAAAAAAAAAAAAAAGAGAGAAAGAAAUCAUGUACUUGAUAUUUACUGUUAUGAUGUCAAUAUUGUUCUUAUCGGUGCUGGUCUCACAACAUGUAAAUUUAGAUGCACUUUUGAUAGCAGAGUGUCAGUGUGACUUCUACAGACGUGAUCGCUGCAGGAGGCUCGGCCAUAUCGCGUGACACCGGUGUAAUUGUCUGGAAAUGGCUGUGUGUUCUACCUCUUGUUACCUGUUUAAGUGUUAUGGUAACAUCACACUGCUGGCCAUUUCUGCAUAAUUACCCCUGCUAUCUAAUCUAAUUGGCAUUUUUCCGGAGUCUUGCAUUGACAGUAGAGGUUUGAAACGCUUUGUGUGCAUGAUGCUGUACACGCUUUCUCACUUUAUGGAGUUGUGUAAUCUUUUUUUUUUUUUUUUUUCUCCAUAGUUUUUAUUCAAACUGAAAAGAGAGAAUGUGUCUUCUAUUUCCUGUAAGGGUUUUUUUUGUUUUUUUUUAGCGUUGAGCUGCACGACCAAAUUCUUUUGACGAGUGUUUGUAUUCACACUCAGCUUUCCCUCCUUUCUUUCCUUUUUUUAAAUUCUAUGCACCAGUGGAACGGCCGACUUUGAUUUAAACGCCGGAGCAGUUUUUUUUUUUUGUUUUUUUUUUUAACAAUGAAUGCAGAGCCUUCAUCGGGUCUCAUGGGUGCAUGUCCUGGAUUUGAUGGAAUUGUAAACGUACCCUUUGCGGUGCUGACUGUGUAAGUCGCCUUUAAGUUGGAAAUAUUAUAAAGACAAUUUAUAAAGUGCGUAUUGAAUUCCACAUCAAAUAUGUUCAUACAUAACUCUUAACUGUGCGAUCAUGCAUUGAAAUAUUUGUGUUGAAGUUAGACUGGAUGAGGAGAGUCUUGUUCUCUAGUUUGAUGGAGACUGGUGUGGGGUCUGUGUUCAGAAAUGUGAUACUCACCAGAAAACACUUGUCAUAUCGUGUCAGGAAAGUGAACAAGUGUCCUAAAUAAUAGCAUGCUGAAAUUCAUCAUGGUGUGAGGAGAUGGCUUCUUACUUGUAGUUACUGCUUCUUGUUUGUGUUUAAAUGACCUGAACCAGCACCUUAACAUAGCAGAUGAGAAUGGAAUUGUUUUUUUUUUUUUUUUUUUCUCCCCCCCCCUGGAGAAAAAAAAAAAAAAUCUCAAACAUUUGUUGUUUUUGCACUAAACAAGAAUUGACUUUGUGUAGCUGCGUGCGUCGUCUUUGAGAAAUACUCUUCUGCCUUUUAAAAAAAAAAAAAAAAAAUGUAAACAAAAGAGAGAAACUUGUGGAUGGGGGUUGCCUUUUUGUACAGUGAAGCGAGACAUAAGGGUGCUUUUUAUGUGACACAAACUGACAGGUGUCAGACAGAGACCAUUAACUACAGACAUUAGGUUCUCUGUGGGGAUUUAUACAUAUGUUAUGUAUACGGUAAAUAAUGAUGAACGAAAGGUUGUGUGUGCGACACCACCAGACUUUACAUAUCAAUAUCCAGAAAUCUGCUUGAUCACAAGCUGAGUGGAGAAUGUGUAUGGAACAUACUUAAAAAAAAAAAACACCAGCCUGGAUGAAUGUGGAGCUACUUUCAGUUUAAUGGUGCCCGAGGUGCUUAGUUAGGAACUCAAAACACCUGCACAGGUAAUGAUACGACAGGAUAUAUUGUCUCACAUGAUUUACAAUUCUUCACCUCAGUUUGGCUUCCCCCCCGUGUCUUUUGAAGCAGUGAGCAGGAGCAGGUUCUAGAAACAGCUGGCUUGUUAACAAAAAGUCAUAUCAGAAGCUGAUGGAAUUAAUAAGUCACGUCUUUUUUUUUUUUUUUUAUGUCAUGUAUCUCUAUAUUUAAAUAUCCAGUUGAGAAGGCCUGGGAUAAAUGUCCUCCAAGUUGUAACGAUCAGCCUGUUUACUUUUGUUACUUUUAGAAUAAAGUACAGCUCGUUUUCAGAAAAAAGCAACAACUCAUACAAAUCUUUUUUUUUUUUUCUCCCCUCUGUAAAAUAACUUUCCUCCUCUCUGCCUCUCAUCCGUCUCUUGUAGAGAAAGAAACUAUUGCUGAUAUAAAGAAAACCUCUUGUAGAGUAGAUCCUAUUUUCCUAUCUCCAAAUAAUAUCAAUGAAUGUACUUAGAGCCUGCGUGGUUUGUAAUAUUGUAUAGGCGAUCCAUCCAGUACAUUUAUACUCACUUUUGCUUCUUGUGAAUAGCCUCGUCUUUUUACUUUUUGGGUGUGUUUUUCUUCUAUUUAUAGGCUUUAUGAAAUGCAGAAAGUAUUAUGCUUCCUCCUUUGAUAUUUCAUGGAUUAAGAUAUCGCCCACAUCACCGCUGGAAUCAUGAAUCUGUUCACUGAUUUACAGCAGGUAGAACCCCAGUCUGCAGUUGAGAUGGCUUUCUCUGGAUGUUUCACACUGGUGCAAAGCGUCGUCAUCUUUAUCGUCAUGCUUGCGUGAGGUGCUGUAACAUAAAGAGCUGCGUGCGUGCGCGUGUGUGUGUGCGUGUGUGUAUAUAUAUAUGAUGGUUGCUUUGGUGUGUGUGAUGUUUGCUAUUAGAUGUUUGGCUUCUGCGCGAGGCCUAAGUCAUAUAUUCCUGUGCUCUGAUCUUGCAGAGUUGUCCUGUAAAAUCCUGAAAAUCCUCCCACAGUUCAGUGCACUAACUCGUUAGUGCACUGACACUUGAAAGCAAACAAUCUAAGGUUUUUUUUUGUUUUUUUUGUUCCUUACUUUUGGUGAUUGUAUGACAGCGCAGUUGGGUUUUUUUUUCCAGAACUUACCAUUUGUAAUAAAAAAAAGCACUCGGCAAGCAUUCUUUUCCUUUUUUUUUUUUUUUUUUU